AUGCCCCCUUACACCCCUGUCCGUAUCCCAUGGAUUUCAUUACAUACCAACUCUUCGAAAGUCGCGCGGGGUCCCCUACGUGGGACCCAGAACCCUUUAACUUUGAUUUACAAGCUCACGCACAAGAUCGCAAAUCGGUUACCCGCGGUGAGAGUUUUUCUGAUGAUGCAUAUGACGUUUCAUCAUGCACCUCUGUUUCCCCCUUCGCAUCUGCAUCAGAGAGUUCUUUUCCCUCCGAAGAGCUCGAUGUUCCCGUUGAAGUUGUGGACUUAUUCGUCGACUAUGCA